ACUGCGCUGCUGCGGCCCGAGUCUACCCUGCAGAUGAGCCAUAUUCUGUGAUGACAGAGACGAUAUUCCAGGAGCUUUACGAUGCUCGGACAUUUGGCUCGCAGCAUAUUUUGAGAGGAGUUGAAUCGGACAUCGCUGCGACACUGCUUAAUGGAGGAUCAUCGUAUGCGCGGUCGGCUCGGUAGGAUGGCACACAGUGCGCAGUUACACGGAGGAAGGAUUGCGUUAUGGUUUUAAAAUAAAAUAAGUGAUAUUUUUUACAGUGCCAGAGUAAGACCUGUGCUGUUCCAGUCCAUGUAUGGUAAUGGCUGACUCACUGUGCAAGGCAUCUGCCAGGGGAAACCUCAGUGAAGUGUCGCUUUUGCUGCAAGAUGGAGCAAACGUUAAUGGCUUUAAUAUGUACAACAGGACUGCACUGCAGGUGGUGAUGUUGGGGAACGACGCUGUGGUCAGGGCUCUUCUCGAGGCGGGGGCGGACCCCAACAUACGCGACCCGGUCCUCAGACUCACCGUGACGCACGACGCCGCGCGCGAAGGAUUUAUAAACUCUGUGCGCGAGCUGGUAGACCACGGGGCAGAUAUUAAUCUCGUGGACGAACAUGGUAACCUGCCGCUGCACCUGGCAGCCCGAGAGGGCCACCUUGAAGUGGUCCAGCUGCUGAUCGGACGCACCGUGAACCCCCGAACCCCAAACGGUCAGGGAUACACCGCCGCGCAGCUGGCGCACCUCCACAGGAGGGAGGACACUGCCAGAUACAUUGACGAGUAUCUGAGCUCAAACUAAAGGAGGAGGAGGAAGAGGAUGAAGAUGAACCCUUGUUACACUUCUGCUUUUCUGCUUACAUGUCUUUGCUGAUACUUUAACAUCUGAUUAUAUUGUCUAAAAUCUGUCUUUUGUUAAAAUUUUAAAAGUCUUACUAAACUUAAGUGUGUACACAUUUAUUAUACUUGCUGCUUAAAGAGAAACAGGAGACCAAGUUUAUAAGUUAAAAAAAAGCUAAUUUGGGAUACCAAAAUAAAAAAGUAUAAUUAUAUUGGUUAGUAUGUGCUCCGUAGUUUUUUGGAUUGGCAUUAUUUGAAAGCCACCUUGAUACAUUCUCAUGAGGUUAUUGCAUUUCGUCUGCAGCCUCACGAACAAGAGACAAAGCCACAAAGGUUUCGCUCUUGCUGCUUCAAUGACAAAGUGAAACCCAUUUGUGCACAGUUUAGAAAUGAAAUGAAAUGAGUACAUCACUACAUAUAUCAUGUGAUCAUGAAACUCAAUAAUGUACAGACUAUGACACACAGAAACAUAAUUCAUGUUAUGUUGUUUGUAAGGAUGCGUUUUUUUAUUCAGAGGUGUCUCUAAUAUUUUGAUUAUUUCUAUGACAAAAUGUGAUUAACCCCCCCUCUUUCUAUCUUCCUCUGUUGGUAGAUCAAUGUGAAUGCAAAAUGUGAAAAUAUUGCCAAAGCACUAGCCACAUUAUAUAAAUAAUGUGAUAAUAAAGGACAGCUUUUAAUCCUUGCUUGUUACCUUUUUUUUGUUUGUUGUAUGUAUGAGUCAUGUCUUCAGGCCUUUAAGUCCUCAAGGGGAAAACGUCAUUUAUCCACAAACUUUUCCUUUUCAAAAACAGGAGCUGCCUAACACACUUUGUUAUAAGAUUAGUUUGUCAUAAUCUCCGUCUCCAAAUAUAUUAAACCAGAUUCUUUUUAUGUUCAAACAUGCAGAGGAAUUCUUUUAUAACCUGGACUUUAGGGAGCAACACUGCUGAAAGUAUUGAAAUUUAAAGAGGAUUCUGUUUUUUUAUAUCUAUAUACAUAACUUAAUUUGACUUGAGAUUUAUGUGUCUGAGAUGGUAAAAUUAUGUCACCUAAAUAUGAUCCAGUAAUCAAAAGGAGGAUUUGGUAGAGAAGCAAGCCAGGUAUUUUUGUUUGCAGUGCCAAAGUGUCUGCACUUUGAAAAUAUAUGGCAGCAUCUGGUGUUUCUGAACAGGGAGGUAAUUAAAUGAUUAAGUGAUCAGGAGAGGAAUGAGCAUGAAUGAAUCAAGUCUUUUAACUCAUCACAGCCUUAAAGCUUUUGUGAUCAGGCUCACUAACAUUAGCCAAACAUGGCCUCAAACAAAAUCAUGUUAGUUAAUAAAUAAUAAUAAUAAUAAUAAUAAUAAUAAUAAGAGAUCAAUUAUAUAUAUUUUUUUGGUAUUUACAGAGUGCAGAAGUUGUAUGUUGAAAAAUGAAACUACACUCUUCCCUUUCUGGUGUGCACAGGAAAUAAAUCACACCCACUAACGUUC